GAUUGGGAAAGAUGCUCUAAUUACCCUUCUCACUACACCUCCGACCAGGUCUCCGUCACCUCCAUUUACAGCGAGUACCAAUCACCGCCGCGGCGCCUGAGAACGCAUCCCAGUCCAGCCUUCCAUGUGCGGCAGGGCCCGGUGCACCCUCAGCCCGGCCCAGGUUGCCAGGGCUUUCGGCUUCCCCACCACCUCCGCCAACGCGGACGGUGGUGGAGAUGGCCCCGCUGUGCCGGCGCUCCAUCUUGACCGGUUCCGGCCGUCGUACAACGUGUUGCCUGGGGCGUACCUGCCUGUGGGCGCCGUGCGGUCACGACCAGGCUGCGGCGACAGAGAACGGGGUGCGGAUGGGGAGGGGCCGGUGAUCCAGUGUAUGAAGUGGGGGCUGGUGCCCAGUUUCACCAACAAGACCGAGAAACCCGACCAUUUCAGGAUGUUCAAUGCCAGAUCAGAGUCCCUAAAAGAAAAGGUUUCAUUCCGUCGACUAAUUCAAAAGAAUAGGUGCCUUGCUGCAGUAGAAGGGUUUUAUGAGUGGAAAAAAUAUGGAUCAAAAAAACAGCCAUACUACAUACAUUUUCAAGAUCAUAGGCCUCUUGUCUUUGCAGCCUUGUAUGAUAUGUGGACAAAUUCAGAAGGAGAGAUCAACCAUACAUUCACUAUUUUGACUACACGUGCCUCAACUUCUCUAAAUUGGCUUCAUGAUAGAAUGCCUGUUAUCUUAGGCAGUAAGGACUCUGUUAAUGCUUGGUUAAAUGAUGCUUCUGUAAAACUUGAAGAAAUUACUGCACCCUAUGAAGGAGCUGAUCUGGUUUGGUAUCCAGUGACAUUCGCAAUAGGUAAAACAUCAUUUGAUGGACCUGAGUGCAUCAAAGAGGUACACAUCGGACCUACUGAUAAGCCUAUUUCAAAAUUCUUUGCCAAGAAAUCGAUUGCCUACGGCCAAUCUGGGAAGCAUGAGACGAUGUCACGGGAGCUUGCAGGAACACUUGCUUACGGAGCAGCAAAAGCCGAAUGUGAUGAAUCAGUACAAAAUCAACCAGAGGACGUCAACCAACAACAGUCCCGAGAGAAGCAAACUACUAAUAGUACUGUAAAAGAUGAACCUGUCACCUUGGAACCACAAGUUUUCGAGAAACCGUGGAGCAUCAAGCAUGAAGAUACUAUGACUCUGACUGAUGCUACUAUGAAAAAACAAGGUGAUUUGGGAUUCAAGAGAACGAUCAAGGAUAUUGAAGUUGAAGCUGACAUGAAGCCCUGUCAGCCUACCAAGAAGGAAAAAGCGGUAAAAGCCGCUUGUCAGGCAUCGUUGCUUUCAUAUUUUGCAAGGAAGUAAAGUCGCACGAUAAAUAGUUUGCUGUAGCUAACUUUACCAGUACCUAGUUGUCAAAAAAAAAACUUUACCAGUACAUGUCCUCCAUAUUCGGGAUGAACUUUAUCGUUUCGUUUUUAAUUAUGUUUUGGCUAAUGCAGAAAGAGUGAGCUGUAACGUGUGCUUGCUCGGAAGCUUGUGUCACAUUUAGUUUCUCCUAAGCCAAGCGUUUGUAUCCUUGAUCAUUGAUUUUAAAAAAUUUAUAUAGUUUCAUGUCAUGAGAUUUA